GAUUACAAAUAAAACCCGACCGCGACCACCACAACCAACCAGUCUACAAGAGGGAGAAAAACAAAUGACGUCCGAAUCCCUAAAAACCCCCCUUCCCCCUUUCAAGCAGACAUUCCUGCAGACCCUCCUGCAAUCCAAGAUCCUAACCUUCGGCACCUUCACACUGAAAUCCGGGCGGGAGUCGCCCUACUUCUUCAAUGCGGGCCUCUUCAACACCGGCAGCCUCCUCACCUCGCUGGGUGCGGCGUAUGCAAACACAAUACACACAAGCACCAGUCUCCCGCCCUUCGAUGUGGUUUUUGGACCGGCGUACAAGGGUAUCCCGCUGGCUACCAUUGCGCUAGCGAAGCUGUACGAGUUGGCGCCGGAGAGGUAUGCCGAGGUUGGGUACGCCUUUGAUAGGAAGGAGGUUAAGGAUCAUGGGGAAGGGGGUCGUAUGGUUGGCAUGGGGUUGAAGGGGAAGAGGGUGCUCGUUGUUGAUGAUGUUAUUACUGCUGGGACGGCAAUUCGGGGCGCGGUUUCGGCGAUUGAGGAGGCUGGGGGCACAGUGGUUGGGAUUGUGGUUGCUUUAGAUAGGAUGGAGAGGAUUGGAGGGGCAAGUGCCGAGGAGAGAAAGGGGAGCGCGAUUAUGGAAGUUAGGAAGGAGAUGGGGGUGGAGGUUUUGGCCAUUUUAAACUUGGACGAACUGAUUGUGGGGGUUACGGAUGGAGGGGAGAGGGGAAGGAUGCUGGAGUAUAGGGAGAAAUAUGGGGCUGUUGAGGAGUAGAUGGGCUUGCUAGUUUUAAUCGGUUUACAGGGAGAGGACUGAUGGAAAGUUUUGACUACAGGAUACUUUGCACAAAAAUACCUUUUCAGAAGAAAGAAGAUCCUUCUCAAUGCAAAAUAGAUAUCUAUUCUUUUCGAUAACGGAGACCGAGCGUGAACAAGGG